GUUAUUAUUGAUGUUGGUAGCUCACGUUCUCUGUCGCUGUGAAAAACACCGCUGCAUCCAGUUUUCCCAUCGUAUCACUAUUUCGUGAAAACCACCCCCAGAGAAAGUGUACACGAAAUCGCUACGAUGGCGCUCCGACUGUUCCGCCUGAGCCAGGAUGUGGUUACGCCACUGAUCAAACGUAACUGCACCGUGUCAGCGUUUGAGCUCCAGCACAAGAACCCCGUCCAGCGGAAGGUGGAGCAGAUCCCGAAAGCACAGUAUGGCGGGCGGCACACGGUGACGAUGCUGCCGGGCGGCGGUAUCGGCCCGGAGCUGAUGAGCUACGUGCGGGAGGUGUUCCGGUUUGCCGGCGUGCCGGUGGACUUUGAGAUCGUCGACAUCGAUCCGGCCAGCGAGGGCAACGACGAUCUCGAGUACGCCAUCACCUCCAUCAAGCGUAACGGCGUGGCGAUCAAGGGCAACAUCGAGACCAAGUCGGAGGCGACCGGCAUUCUGUCGCGUAACGUCGCCCUGCGCAACGAGCUCGAUCUGUUCGUGAACGUGCUGCACUGCAAAUCGUUCAACGCGAUCCCGGCCCACCACCAGAACGUGGACGUGGUGAUCGUGCGGCAGAACACCGAGGGCGAGUACGCGAUGCUGGAGCACGAGAGUGUGCGGGGCGUGGUGGAAAGCAUGAAGGUGGUCACGAUCGAGAAUGCGGCCCGCGUGGCCCGGUUUGCGUUCGAGUUCGCGAAGAACAACAACCGCAAGAAGGUGACCACCAUCCACAAGGCGAACAUCAUGAAGCUGGCCGACGGGCUGUUCCUGAAGGUGGCGCGCGACAUCGCGAAGGAGUAUCCGGACAUCCAGCACAACGAUAUGAUUAUCGACAACUGCUGCAUGCAGCUCGUGUCGAACCCGCACCAGUUUGACGUGAUGAACACGACCAACCUGUACGGCAGCAUUACGUCGAACGUGCUGUGCGGGCUGGUCGGUGGUGCCGGCCUGUUUUCUGGCCGUAACUAUGGCGACCACUACGCCGUGUUUGAACCGGGCACUCGUAACACCGGUACGGCAAUUGCCGGCAAGAACGUUGCCAAUCCGGUCGCCAUGCUAAACGCGGCGGUGGACAUGCUGUACCAUCUGGGGCACCGCUACCAUGCCGACUGUAUCUCGGAUGCGCUGCACAAAACGAUCGACAUCGAUGGAAUCCACACGCCCGAUCUUGGCGGUAACAACACGAGCACCGACAUUGUCCAGAACGUUCUGAAGCAUCUGGCCGAGAAGAGAACGUACUGGUUCCCGGCGUAUGCGUAUAUCUGAGAAGUUAGGCUAGAACCGAACAAAAAAAAACAACCCCAAACACCCCUAAACCAAAGCCAAAAUAGUUCCUUUCCAAGCGUAAAUCCUUAAACUUUCAUCCCGUUUUUUUAACUGUUUAACUGUUAUUUCCGAUCCCGAUUCCCGUUCACUUUCCCUUUUCGGUCUGUAACAUCUGACUCACUCACACAUGCCAACAGCUCCUAAUCUCCCCCUGCAACUCGGUGUGUUGUUUUGUUGUGAGGGGGCAUUUUCUCGGUGGAUGGGCCAUUCCUUUCUUUCCCCUUUUGCGAGACGAGGAAACACACCUUCAAAAUCAUGCAACAAACAAACACAACACAAUACAAAACCCUACCCCAUCAGGAAGCAUAAUGCUGUGAAGCUAGACGAUCAAACCGUGCGCGGUGUGUGCGUAGGUGAGGAAGCAGAGCGUUUGAGAAUGUUUUGGACCAGUUGGCAAAAUUAGGUAAACAAGUUAAGGCAAUCGGCAAACGAAUAUGGAAAACAUAAUAUAAAAGCUCAAAAUUUGGCGUAAAACAAACAAAAAAACCCGAGAUUCUCUGUUUCCAAAUCUGUGUCCACCCAUGGGACCUUUCACCUGCUCAUUUCCAUCAUGUUCGGGGGGGGGGCUGUGGGAACUGUAGUUGUUGGCCGCGACCAACAACUGCAUCAUCAUCAUCAUGCGUUGGUACACACACCUUCCAAUAAUGACCGUCUGCGUAUCUUGUUGUUCGUUUUCGUUUUGUUGUUUUGGUACAUUUUCUGUAGUUUCUUUCGUUGCACUCUGUGUGGGUGUGUGAUUUUUUUUUAUAUUUUUAUAUUUAAUCCGUCCCGUGUGUCCCCUUUGAUCAAUGAUAGCAUCGUGAAAGCGAACAUUUAAUCUUUGCAAUCAAGUAUUUAAUAACGUUUUACCCUGUUAUCCCGAAUAACGACCUCUCCUGAUCGGGCUCCAGCCUGAAGUGUUAGUAACAAAGUAGAGCCAGUUUGAUACAAGCUAGUGGCGCGUGGAAAGAAAUUUUUGCUCAUCAUCCUGCGACGAUCAUUGAUCAUUAUUGUGCGUGUUUGUCGAUCAUUCAUCUCCUGGUUCCUGUUACGUUUUGUUUGAACGCCAAUUGUGUGCGCGUGUGGGAUUUUUGUGUCGUUGCGUUCUAAAGCGUUCGAUACGGCAGACGAUUUAUGACGCCUCUGCUCACUGUCUUGGUUUUACGACGUUUUGUUUAUACCUUAUGUACCUUAUUUGUAAUUGGAAAAGCGAGCUUGUGUUGUAUCCUUCGGAAGUAUCAAAAUUUGAAUGUUUUCAAAAUUAAUUUGCAACCGAUUGGCGAGAACCUAUCUCAACAUUGGCACGUUUAGUAUCAGUUUGGCAAGGAACGCUCGGUAACUACGACAAAAUUGGUUUUGCUCACUUUUCUGUGAAAUUAUGUCUCUUUAUUUGAUUUUCUCUUUAUUUUGAUACAUUUCUUUUCUUAUGUUUUGUAUUUGAACUUAUUGUAAAAAAACAACAAAAAAAUACAUCCAUAAUCUACCAACGAAAAAUUGUGUUCCCCUGCCGAACGCGGAAACGAAUGCACAGAGAAGAGCGCAAACUGGGAUCCCAAACGCCGAGGGAUGAGUUGGCGAGCAUCAAGAGAGUAAGAGAAAGUGGAGCGCGGAAUUGGAAAUGAUCGGUGUUGCCUUAUUUACGUUAGAUUAGAUCUUCUUUCGAUCCGAAUGCAUAAACCUAAGCAAAAGGACACUGUUCUGUUUUUAGAUGUUUUUGGAAUUUUUUUUCGGCAGAUUUGAAAUGUUUUCUUUUUUAGUAUUAUAACCCCCCAAAUUGCGAAGGAGUUUAUGGUCAACCGCAAAGGCAAGCUAAUUUUGGAAGGGAAGCAAGACAACAAAAAAAAUUAUACACAAAUCAUGAUAAUUUUAUUUAUUUCAAUUAAACAAGUACAUGAUUGCCCCGAGAAGGAUGAAUGCUGCAAACGAAAUAGAUACUGUUACUGUAAGAUACAAUAAA